UUUCAGAUCUCUACAGCUAUGGACUCAAGAACAGUGUUUGUCUUAUUAUGGAUGUUGCUUUCAUCCACCUCCACUGGAAUCAAACUAGAUGGAAAUGGUUAUGUUGACAUUACCAUUGCAAUCAGUUCAAGAGUACCACAGGAUAACACGCUCAUUGAUAAAAUCAAGGACAUGGUCACUGAAGGGUCGUUUCGUCUUCAUCAAGCAUUGGAUAAAAAGGUCUAUUUCAAAGAAGCAACGAUAUUAGUUCCACCCAACUGGAAUAGUAAGGAAUUUACCAAAGCAAGAACAGAGUCCUAUGAAAAGGCAAAAAUAAUAAUUGAUAAUGCUAAUCCAGCAUAUGGUGAUGAACCUUACACUCAUCAUUAUGGUGAAUGUGCAGCUGAGGCUCAGUACAUUCAUUUCACCCCAAACUUCCUCCGGAACGACACACUCAUUAAGACUUAUGGGUCAAGAGGAAAGGUCUUGGUUCAUGAAUGGGCUCAUCUGAGAUGGGGCGUGUAUGAUGAAUACAGUGAAACAAAACCAUUCUACUACUCUAAUGGCCGUAUUGAAGCUACAAGGUGUAGCAAAAACAUUGAAGGUCAGUUUUAUGAUGAAUCACGACCGUGCCACACUGAUCCAAAAACUCUACCGACUAAGGGGUGCAAGUUUUAUCCUAACAAAUAUCAAAACGCAGGCAGUUCCAUAAUGUUCCUACCAAGCCUGGAUUCUGUGAGCACAUUUUGUCGUGAAAAUGAGCACAAUUAUGAAGCCCCAAACUUGCAAAAUGAAAAAUGUGGCAAAGCAACACGGACUGUGAUAUUUGAGGAUUCUGUUGAUAAAAACGCACUUCGUUCUCUGAAACCACUGCUGUCCUCUCCACCAGCGCCAUCUUUCAAAGUUGUGCAGCGAAAGCAACGGGUUAUUUGUCUCAUCCUUGAUGUCUCAGGAAGCAUGGCAACAGGCUCCAGAAUCCUUCGACAGCGGCAGGCUGCCACACAUUUACUGCGGAUCAUCAUUGAGGAUCAAGCCAGUGUUGGAAUUGUAAGCUUUAGUACUAAUGCUAAUACUCUGAGCCCCUUGACUACUAUUGACAACAAGUCCACACGAGAGAAACUCGUCAAAUUGAUGCCAAAUACACCAAGUGGAUCAACAAACAUGUGUAAAGGCCUCAGUCUAGGCUUACAGGUACUUUCAACAGACAAUGGGGAUGCAUUCGGAGAUGAAAUCAUUUUUCUGACAGAUGGUGAGGCGACGGAUGACAUUAACAGUUGUAGUCGCGAUGAAAUAAAGAAUGGUACCAUUAUACACACAAUAGCUUUAGGUCCCAAUGCAGCUAGUGCACUGACGGAAAUGGCGAAAAAAACUGGGGGGAUUUACUUCUCAUCCAAUGAUGAGAUCACCUCCAACCAGUUAAUGGAUGCAUUUGGUUCACUUACAUUAUCAACUGGAGAUUACACAAAAGACCCAGUUCAGCUAGAAAGUGUUGGAGAAAUAACAUCAGACUGGUUCAAUGGGACAGUAUCAGUGGAUCAGACUGUUGGUAACAAAACCAGCUUUGUAAUAAUCUAUGAAAAAAGUGAUCCUAUCAUUUCCAUCCAGUCACCAAGUGGCUCAAUCUACAGUCAGACAGAAAUUAGUCAUGAUAUAUCUCUGAAAAAAGUCACCUUGAAUGUUCCAGGAACUGCAGAGCCUGGGGACUGGAAAUACAGUAUCCAAACUACAACACUUCAGGCUCUGACUAUAACAGCAACGAGUCACGCGGCGCAUGCUGAUGUUCCCCCUAUCAUAGUCAAAACCCGCAUGAACCAGCAGUUCAGUGACGGCACUAAACCCAUGAUAGUGUUUGCUGAGGUCAGUCAGAAUUACAGGCAUGUAAUAGAGGCUGAAGUGUGGGCUUACCUGGAGUCCCAAUCUGGGUCCGCACAAGAAUUACAACUCCUGGACAAUGGAGCAGGAGCUGAUGCUUUUCAAAAUGAUGGCAUCUAUUCCAGAUAUUUCGCAAAGCUUGAAAAUGGCAGAAUAAGCUUGAAAGUAAGAGCAAAGAAUCAAGAUGGACAAGCCAGAUUUUCUCUUCAAAAAAAGAGUGGCGCCCCAUAUGUACCUGGAUACGUGGUAAACGGUGUUGUGGAGCUGAACCCUCCAAAGCCUCCAGUUUCCGAGGAAACACUUGAGGUUGGAAGCUUUACCAGGACAGCCAUCGGUGAGAGUUUUGAGGUGGCUUUUACAGGCACGACCCCACCAAAUUUCCCUCCUAACAGAAUCACAGAUCUGAGUGCUGAGAUCCAGGAGGACUCUGUGCUUCUCAGCUGGACGGCUCCUGGUGAGGACCUCGACCAAGGGACAGCUAAAUCCUAUGAGAUCAGGUGGAGCUAUGACCUUCAAAUGCUUCGAGAAAACUUCAGCAACGGUCAUGUAGUCAACACAGCUGCCGUCUCACCGCAGAAGGCUGGAUCAGUUGAACAGCAUUCAUUCAAUCUCAGUUUCACAAUCCAGAAUGGCACCACACUUUUCUUUGCAGUUCAGUCUGAGGACGAACAAAAUGCAAAAUCUGAAACCUCCAACAUUGCUCAAGCUUCAAAGAUGCUCCUUGAUGCUCUCUCCAGUGGACAGCCACUCCAGUGGACAGCCACUGAAGAGAGUUUUGAGGUGGAUUUUACAGGCUCAACCCCACCAAAUCUCCCUCCUAACAGAAUCACAGAUUUGAGUGCUGAGAUCCGGGAGAACUCUGUGCUUCUCAGCUGGACGGCUCCUGGUGGGGACCUUGACCAAGGGACAGCUAAAUCCUAUGAGAUCAGGUGGAGCUAUGACCUUCAAAUGCUUCGAGAAAACUUCGGCAAUGGUCAUGCAGUCAACACAGCUGCCGUCUCACCGCAGGAGGCUGGAUCAGUUGAACAGCAUUCAUUCAAUCUCAGUUUCACAAUCCAGAAUGGCACCACACUUUUCUUUGCAGUUCAGUCUGAGGACGAACAAAAUGCAAAAUCUGAAACCUCCAACAUUGCUCAAGCUUCAAAGAUGCUCCUUGAUGCUCUCUCCAGUGGACAGCCACUCCAGUGGACAGCCACUGAAGAGAGUUUUGAGGUGGAUUUUACAGGCUCAACCCCACCAAAUCUCCCUCCUAACAGAAUCACAGAUUUGAGUGCUGAGAUCCGGGAGAACUCUGUGCUUCUCAGCUGGACGGCUCCUGGUGAUGACCUUGACCAAGGGACAGCUAAAUCCUAUGAGAUCAGGUGGAGCUAUGACCUUCAAAUGCUUCGAGAAAACUUCGGCAAUGGUCAUGCAGUCAACACAGCUGCCGUCUCACCGCAGGAGGCUGGAUCAGUUGAACAGCAUUCAUUCAAUCUCAGUUUCACAAUCCAGAAUGGCACCACACUUUUCUUUGCAGUUCAGUCUGAGGACGAACAAAAUGCAAAAUCUGAAACCUCCAACAUUGCUCAAGCUUCAAAGAUGCUCCUUGAUGCUCUCUCCAGUGGACAGCCACUCCAGUGGACAGCCACUGAAGAGAGUUUUGAGGUGGAUUUUACAGGCUCAACCCCACCAAAUCUCCCUCCUAACAGAAUCACAGAUUUGAGUGCUGAGAUCCGGGAGAACUCUGUGCUUCUCAGCUGGACGGCUCCUGGUGGGGACCUUGACCAAGGGACAGCUAAAUCCUAUGAGAUCAGGUGGAGCUAUGACCUUCAAAUGCUUCGAGAAAACUUCGGCAAUGGUCAUGCAGUCAACACAGCUGCCAUCUCACCGCAGGAGGCUGGAUCAGUUGAACAGCUUUCAUUCGAUCUCAGUUUCACAAUCCAAAAUGGCACCACACUUUUCUUUGCAGUUCAGUCUGAGGACGAACAAAAUGCGAAAUCUGAAACCUCUAACAUCGCUCAAGCUUCAAAGAUGCUCCCUGAUCCAAACCCCCCCACAAUAUCAAACCCAGGCUUGAAUUUCACAAUUCUUGUAAUUUCGUUGUGUGUAGUAACUAUGGUCAUAUGCUUUGUUGUUGCUGUAUUCACAUGGGCAGUAAGACGCAGAAAAAGCUUUGAUUUAAGCAACAAUGUGGAAUUAAAAUGCAAAUGAUCAAAUCAACCCUUUUGUCUAAUUUGAACAUAACUAUGUACUUCCAACAACUUUAGAACAUUUCUUAAAAUAACCAUUUUUGUCAAACAGAAUUUCUUACUUUCUGAAUAUUUUUUCAAGUACAUGUAUUGCUAUGUCAUUUAGAAGUCUCAUUUAUAAUAGAUUCUCAAUCGAUUUAUCUUCCUCUGAAAUGUAAGAACCUUUAAAUACAAAAGAAUAAAAAUACUUUUGUACAGUAAGGCAUGUAUUAAACUUUCAUUAUGAUGAUUUAAAGCACAUUUUUAGUGAAGUCAGUCUGUCACGAUCACUGUCAGUUCCUGGACUCCAUUUCCCAUAAUCCUCCUUGCCAAUCACAUGCACACUCCACACCAAUCACCAGUUGCCACAUACAGCUUAGCACACUACCUGGACUAUAAAGGACUUACACACACACCACCUCAUGGCGAAGUCUUGAUUUGCUGUGGUGAUCAUUACUGAGCGUUUUCUUGUGGACUGUCUCCUGGUUUCCGGUUGGAUUGUUUAUUCUUUGUGAUUCUCUGCUGCCUGCCCUGAACCUUGCCUGUGUACUGGACUGUGUUUGUUUGGCGCCUGCCCUGAUCUCUGCCUGUGACCCGAUACUGUUUGUCUGCCGCCUGCCUCGACCAUUGCCUGUCCCUGUUUAUGUUCCUGCCUUUGCCCCUGUCUACCUGUGUAAAUACUGUUCUUAAUAAAGCUUGCAAAUGGAUCCCCGCUCUGCCGACCCAUCGUCACACAGUCUUUGAAUUUUAAAUAGGGACCUAUUAUGCCAUUUUUCAAAGUCUUCAAUUUGUUUUUAGGCUCGACUAGGUUGUCAUGCUUGAAUGCUCAAAAAACACUUUAUUUUUCACAUUAUUUUAUAUUGUUGCAGCACCUCUCUUCCCGGUCUGUCAGUAAUGCUUUGUUUAGUUUCUGUCUCUGUGAAGUCCCUCCUACUGAAAAGCUCAAUGUGCUCUGAUUGGUGGUGUGUUGUGAUUGGUCAGCCACUUCGAGUGUUUUUCGGAAAUGUCACUCCCCUUACCAUAACAGUGAGUUUCAACACACUACUACUAAGGGUACGUUUACAUGACGAUGUACUCAAAAUGGAAACUUUUUUUUUUUUUUUUGGUAUAGAUCUGUGAAAAUGACUAAAAAUGCUUUAUUGUGCAUAUCAGGCCAAUAGUUGGUAAUGUCAGUUUGUAUAGAAAGACUACGCUUCUGCACACAUGCAUUUUUUCACAGAGCACUCGCACCAAAUGUGUAUGCCCAUAGACUAAACACGUAAUAAGCAUGUGCAUGCUGUCACUGUUUUCACAGAUUUGCAUAUUUAUAGUUUACAUGGAGACAAUAACAGUAUCAUUUUCAAAAACUUCCACUUUGAAACCUGUUUUCAAAUGUUUGUGUUUUCAGGCCCCCAAAAUGUUGUCGUCAUGUAAAUGAGCGGCCAAAACGUAUAAAAAGUUAUACUCAAGAAACUCAA